ACAUAAUCACUCCCAAGGUAACCACACCACUCCAUUGGGUUCUUCACUAAUAAAAAACAAGACAAAUAUUAUUUACACAUUCUGAACUGAAGCAGUAAUUAGCAGCAAAACAUGCAGAGACCAAAACAGAACUCAAAGAAAUUAAACCUACACACGAGACAAGUUCUUGUCUACUACUCUGUGCAUGCAUGUAAUGCUCGAUCUUUUGCUGCAACUACUCUCAAUUUCAACCAAGAAUCUCGCCCUACCAAGAUUGAGGGUAGCCUCAAAGGCAGCAUUAACUAUAAUCCUAACAGAGUGCUCAGCAAGCAUACAGUCAAUUUCAACCCAAAGGAAAUAGAAGAUUUUGGCAAGAAAAACAAAGAAAGUGGAGAAUGGAAGUGUUCACAUCACAAGAAAUUACUGCAGCACUAUUCUGAAUCAGAGGGUUCGAGGUGGGCACGGGUCAAUGUCAGAAAUAUGGAUUUACAUGAGCCAUUCUUCGGAGAUAAAGACUUGUCAGAAACAGACUAUCAGCCUCCUCAUCGCAAAGCACCCAUUCACAACAAAUAAUUAUUGCAUUAUUUAUUUAGCUCACAAAUCGUAAUAGUACAUA